AUGGAUGUCAAUGAAGAAGUAGGUCUACCGGAGUUUGGUGCUCCUUUGCCCGCCAUGACGAUGCCCGACCAAGGAGUGACCUUUUUCUUCACGCUUUUUCUUGGAGGACUAAAGGAUUUUCUCUCCUCUCUAGCAGAGGAAUGGUUUGGAGCAACCCAUCCUGGAGUGGGAUGGGAGCUCACUCUCCCUGCAGCUCUGAUUUUGUUUUGUGUGAUAUUCCUAUGGAGGACCAUCCUUGCGAUCAAAAGCAGGAUAUAUCUAUUGACUGAGACACAGCUAAACGCGAAAAUCGCCCGGCUAUCAAAAAAGAAAUGUGACACAAUGAUUAAAUUGUCUGAAAUGGAGAUACGGUUGAAGGACUAUGACGCACGGGUGCAAAGGUUGCGGGCAUACCUGCAGUCCUCUCAGGAGGAGAGUCAGGAGCUGGAGGAUAUGAAGAAACAGUUGGACAUCAGAUCUGCAGAAAUUGAGGCAUUUCAUCUACGACUCCAGGAGCGUGAUGAACGUAUACAGAAACUGAAAGCUGUUGUGCGACCGAUGGAACCACUGAAAGAGCAUCACGGUGGGGAUGCCAGGAUCCCCUAUGCCACCAACACCCAAUCUACCAAUAUCAAGAUUGAAGAAAAGAGUGAGAUCAAGGUCACUGAGAUGAGGGAUGCGGCCCUAAUCAAAACCACACUGGAGGAGGUGAACAGGGGUCUUCAGGACAAAAAUUGGCAGCUUGAAGAGAACAAUGCCUCUCUACAUCAAAAGCUCCAUAUCACUGAGAAGAAAUAUAGACAGAUGCUAAACAAGCUGACCAAAGCCCUGAUUCAAGGCAAACAUGCGGAAAAUCAACAUAUUGACACGCUACAAGACAAAAUCCAGACCAUAUCUAUUAAAGCCUCUGCUGCCGAGCAUGCUCUGGCCAUGGAGAAGAAUGAGGUAGCGCUACUCCGCCAGAGGAUUGUUCAACUAACCUCAGAGAAGCUGAAAAUAGAUGAAUCUGUGUUCCUGACCAAGACCACCCCCAAGCCCCUUAAAACAACCAAGACCAACAAGCCCUCCUUGAAAACCUGCAAAGUUCUGAAAGCCUUCAAAGCACUAAUUAUCUUCAAUAAAAUGAAGAAAUGA